GGUUUGUACAACCAGAAUUUCAUGGCGAUGAUGAAGAUCAUAAAGAUUUCGUAGAUAAGUUCAUAUCAUAUAUUACCUUGGCUGGAUUAGAAAAUGUACUUGAUAACUCUGGUAUAGGUACAACAAUAGCACAUAUUCGUGGUGCUAAUGCAGGAGGUAUAACAGGUGCAGUCGCUUCUUUCUCAAAUGUUCCACUUGGACUUACAGGUACACAAAUUAUCUCUGCUCAAAAUGUUGCUGAAGAUUGGACAAUAGCGGGAGAAUGUACAACUAAUACAGUACUAGUUGCACCAAAUGCUGAAGGAGAAAUUGGAGUAUUAAGACAAGGCGUAUAUGAGAGUGUAUCUUCAUUCUGGGCAAAAAUUCAGAAAUAUGGCGAUCAACUUGGUUAUACUCCAGUACAGAAGAAAACCCAUUUCUUAUCUGGAGUUAGACCUGAUAUUAGAGAUGAAAUUUAUAGAAUUAGUCAAACAAAAUCUAUUAACGAUAUUAUUGAUAGUUUGGCAGAACUUGAAUUACAUCAUGGAAUAUUACAACAGGUACCAUCUCAACCUCACCAUGCACCUAUUGCUCCUGCUAUUCCAGAU